UGCGCUUUUAUUACUUCAGACGAACUCACCGACACCGAAGGCUGGCUGACUGGCUUCCUGUUUGAGCCUCCUGUGGACACUGGUGAAUCGGCGAUCGGCGACGGACAGUUCAAAAAAUAAAAUACAAAAUGACGAGUGUAGACCCGCUGAAAUCAGCCAUUUCCAUCCUUAAUGUGGACGACACGUCUCUGGCUCUGCCGUCUGUGAAUCAGUUCAAUUCAGGACAACAGCGCGUCCUGGAACAAGUGCAAACUCUCCGGAGGACCAAGUCGAGACAUUCCAGCAACAGGAGCGGGGGAUCUACUUCUUUGUCUCCAACAAGCCCUGCGUGUGAGACUGUGUUUGUGGAUGGCUCCAGGACGAGUGCAGCUAAUGGAGGUGUCUUCUUUGGGAAUGGAUUUUCUAAAGCUCUCACUCUGGAGAAGAACAUCAGCCGUCAGGUCGUCAACAACCAAACAAGAUCCACUUUGAAGAAGAACGCUGCAGCUUCUAACUAUCACUAUGAGAGCUUAGGUGCAGGCGGCUCCGUGGCAGUUGGGAAAAAUACAACCAGUCGCAGUGAGCCAGAUCUGGCCUGGCAGCGCUCUAUGCCAAAACGCUCUGGGGCUUCACAGAUACUCCUCUCAAACAUGAGCACCAGGAGGAUCGAAAGGCCCAUAAGUCAGUUUCAGUCUCAGCCUCAGAUUCAGUCUCAUAGCCAGGCUCAGAUUCAGACCCAUUACCAGCCUCAGAUUCAGUCUCAUAGCCAGGCUCAGAUUCAGUCUCAUAGCCAGGCUCAGAUUCAGUCUCAUAGCCAGGCUCAGAUGCAGACUCAUAGCCAGGCUCAGAUUCAGUCUCAUAGCCAGGCUCAGAUUCAGUCUCAUAGCCAGGCUCAGAUGCAGACUCAUAGCCAGCCUCAGUUUCAGACUUAUAGCCAGGUUCAGAUUCAGUCUCAAAGCCAGGCUCAGAUUCAGUCUCCCACUCACCUGCAGCCUGUUUUCACCGCUGUGAACGGCACAGGUCUGACCAAAACAAACACUCAGUUUGUGAACAGCAAAGUUGAAACUUUGAAAACUCUUCCAAAGUCUCCGGUUACCGAGAGUGCGACCAAGACUCAAAUAGAUUCUGGGUCAACUGGAAACAGUGGCGCUGCAGACAUCACCAUAAAGGAGGCUGUGGAGUAUCUGUCCAACAAUGAUGAGACGUAUCAGCACUGCGGCGCAUCCUUCAUACAGCACAAUACUUUUAUUGAUGACAAGGCCAAAGACGAGGUGUUAAAGCUGAGUGGGAUCCCUCCUCUGGUGGGUCUUCUACGCAGUCCCAGUGUUCAAGUGAACCAGACGGCCUCUGCUGCUCUGCGAAACCUGUCCUUUAAAAGCAACACUAACAAGGAGGCGAUGCAUCGCUGCGGCGGUAUCACCGAGGCCGUGGCUCUGCUCAGAGAGACCGACUCUGUGGAGAUACAGAAACAGCUGACAGGUCUCCUGUGGAAUCUGUCCUCCGUGGACAGCCUGAAGCCAGACCUGCUGAAGAGCGCUCUGCCGGUUUUGAUGGAGCGCGUGAUCCUGCCUUACACCACAGGUCCUGACCAGUCCAACAGUGACCCCGAGGUCUUCUAUCACGCCACCGCAUGUCUAAGAAACAUCAGCAGUGCAAAGCAAAACAACCGACAGGCGAUGAGAAAAUGUCGAGGUUUGGUCGACUCUUUGGUCAGUUAUGUAGGAGACUGUGUGGACGCAGGAAGGCCAGAUGAUAAGUCUGUAGAAAACUGCGUGUGCAUCCUGCACAACCUGACGUUCCAGCUGGAGGACGAGGCUCCGGCUCUUUUCAGCAGGAUCACAGCUUUGGCCAAAAAUGUGAACAGGAGCCAGUCAACAGGUGACAGCGGCCCCAUCGGCUGCUUCAGUCCGCCGAGCAAAUCACCAGAACAAGAGCGCCACUUUGACUUCCCAGUCGUUGAGGAGCCACAGCCGAACGGAGCGGGUUGGCUGAUUCACUCCCAAACCCUGAAGAGUUACCUGUCUUUGCUCGCCACCAGCCAGCAAGAAGAAACCCAAGAAGCCUGCUGUGGAGCGAUGCAGAACCUCACCACUCAGGAGGGCAUUGUCUCCAGUGUAAUGAGCCAGAUCAUUGUACAGAAGCUAAAUGGCCUGAAAGUUAUCAGUCCCCUUUUAAAGUCAAACAAAGUCAACCUGCAGAGGAAUGCAGUGGCUUUGGUAGGAAACCUGACCAAGAACCCAAACCUGAACAAUACCCUCGCUCGUAAAGCCCUCCCAGAGCUGCUGAGCAUCAUCAACGCCGGCACCAAGGGAGGGGACAUGUCUGACGAUACAUUAUCCAUGGCCUGCCGGACCGCCAACUACCUGCUUAUGAAGGAUCCUGAGAUGGGCAAGCACCUGUUAAACCACAAGCUGAUAAACUCACUGAAUGAACUCAGCCAAAACGAAUAUUUUCCAAAGUCUAAAAAAGCUGCAGCUCUGCUCCUCUACAACCUCUGGUCAGAAAAAGAUUUGCAAGGCUUCCUGAAGAAGCAAGGGAUGACUAAGGCCUCAUUUGUGAACGACAUUACCACAGCGGCACAAAAGUCAAUUCAAAUAGUGGAUUAACUCUGCAGCCCAAACCUAUCUCUGAAAGUCCUCCUCUGCCAAAACUCACCUGCAAGUCCUCAGCACAUCCACGGGGAUGGAAACGCUCCGAAGGCUAAGCAGCAUCCUUUUUCAUUUCACAAAGACUUAGAGAUUUUUUAACAUAUAAUAACCAUAUAAUCAUUCCAUCAUCUUAAAGUAACAAACAGAAGCACUGUAGGAAAAUUGGGUGAAGGUUGAUAUGUAACAUGUUAGCAACCAGAUGCAAACUUUAAUAACCUUUUUUUUUUUUCAAAUGUCAAAUGUCUUUAAAUAUAAGUACUGUGUCUGUUCCUCUCUGGUUCCAUGCACCUGCUUUAUAAGUUUAGGGUUAAGAUUUUAUUUUGCACUAAAAUCCCUGUUUGUUAUACACUCACCAGCCACUUUAUCUCAAGGGUUUACAGAGAAUGGUCUGAAAAAAAGAAAAUAUCCAGUGAACGGCAGUUCUCUUGUUGAUGCCAGAGGUCAGAGGUCAGAGGAGAAUGGCCAGACUGGUUCGAGCUGAUAAAAAGGCAACAGUAACUCAAAUAACCACUUGUUACAGCCAAGGUCCCUGUGUACUAAUUGAGCAUCAUUUAAACGCCACAGCCUACCUGAGCAUCGUUGCUCACCAUGUCCAACCCUUUAUGAUCACAGUGUACCCAUCUUCAGAUGGCUACUUCCAGCAGCGCCAUGUCACAAAGCUCAUAUCAUAUCACACUGAUUUCUUGAGCAUGACAAUGAGUUCACUGUACUCAAAUGGCCUCCACAGUCACCAGAUCUCAAUUCAAAUACAGCACCUUUGAGAUGUGGUGGAACGGGAGAUCGUCUCAUUGAUGUGCAGCCGACUAAUCGGCAGCAACUGUGUGAUGAUAUCAUUUCAAUAUGGAACAAAAUCUCUUUCCAGCACCUUGUUGAAUCUAUGCCACGAAGAAUUAAGGCAGUUCUGAAGGCAAAAGAGGGUCCAACCCCUCCAAUCCGCAAGGUGUACCUCAUAAAGUGGUCGAUGAGUGUAUAUCAUAAUGUAACAUUGUAAAUUGAAAAUGAAUUACAGAAAAUGUUCAGUUGUUAGAUUUUGUCAUUAUGCCUUUAAGAACAGGCUCAUUAUCUUAAGCAGCGACGUGUGUUUACAUUUAGUAAAGACAGCUUUUUACAAACAUGUAUGAGUGUGAUGUUGAAUGGUUCACCUUGUGUCUUUAAGUGUUAAUAAAGCCGGCGGAGAUUUACCGUAAAAUGA